ACACCUGAAAUAAGAAAAGGACAAAAAGAACAAACAUGAGGACAAAGACAGGACAAAAAAUAACAAAGGGGUAGCAAUCAGUCACCACUGAUGACAUCUCUUAAAGAACUCUAACAUAUUCCUCAACUUUCUCUUAAAGAAAAGAAGACGCAUACAAAUCAGACACCAUGAAAGACUGGCACUGGAUACCGCUACAAAGAGUGUUCUGCCCCUCACUAGACUACACGUCUUCUAAGAUGUCUCAGACCACUGUUGCUGAGGAAGGAGGGACCUUUGAUCACCUGUGGAGCUCCCUAGAGCCAGACAGCACCUAUUUCGAGCUCCCCCCAAACAGCAGGCCUGGUGAACACCCAGCGGCCUCUGCCAGCGUCUCCGGGAGUCACUGCAACUCAGCCGAGGUUUCCAUGGAUGUUUAUCAUAUGAGAGACACAAAUGACAAUGUAAUGUCCCAGUACAACUUGCUGAGCAGCAGCAUGGAGAGCCUGGGGAGCCGUGCGACGUCCGCCAGCCCCUACAGCUCAGAGAACGCCUCUUCGUCGGCUGUGCCCACCCCUUCACCUUACUCCCAGCCCAACUCAACGUUUGAGGGCCUCUCGCCUGCCCCAGCAAUCCCCUCCAACACCGAUUACCCGGGCCCGCACGACUUCCAGGUGUCCUUCCAGCAGUCCAGCACCGCCAAGUCUGCCACAUGGACCUACUCUCCCCUGUUGAAGAAGCUCUACUGUCAGAUUGCCAAAACCUGUCCAAUCCAGAUCAAGCUGUCGUCCUCUCCUCCCCAUGGCAGCAUCAUCAGAGCCAUGCCUGUCUACAAAAAGGCCGAGCAUGUGACAGAGGUGGUCAAACGAUGUCCCAAUCAUGAACUCGGCCGGGACUUCAACGAUGGUCAAACGGCUCCAGCCAGUCACCUGAUCCGAGUGGAGGGAAACAACCUCUGUCAGUAUGUGGACGAUCCCGUCACCGGCAGGCAGAGUGCCUAUGUGCCCUACGAGACUCCACAGGUGGGGACUGAGUUUACCACCAUCCUUUACAAUUUCAUGUGCAACAGCAGCUGUGUGGGCGGCAUGAACAGGAGACCCAUCCUCAUCAUCAUCACCUUGGAAACCAGAGAUGGCCAGGUGUUGGGCAGAAGGUCGUUUGAGGGCCGGAUAUGUGCGUGUCCUGGUCGGGAUCGCAAGGCCGAUGAGGACCACUUUAGGGAACAGCAGGCCCUGAACGAGAGCGUGGCCAAAAACGGCAGUGCCAACAAACGCAACUUUAAACAGAGUCCACCAAAUAUUCCCAAUCCCAAUAUGAACAUGAGGAAGAGGCGCCACGGAGAAGAGGAAAUUUACUAUAUUCCUGUUCGUGGCAGAGAGAACUUUGAGCUGCUGAUGAAGAUUAAAGACAGUUUGGAGCUGGUGGAGCUGGUGCCCCAGCCACUGAUCGACUCCUACAGACAACAAACACAGCAGCAGCUGCUGCAGAGACCGAGCCACAUAAACUCGCCCUCUUCUUAUUCUCCACUGUCAAACAUGAACAAGCUCCAUUCACACGGAGGCCUCAACAAGCCAUCGUCUGUCAACCAAAUGAUGGGACAGCAGCCCCAGCAACACGCCAACUCCUCCAUAUCUCACAUGGGUCCAAACAUGCUCAAUAACAGCCACAUGCAGGCUAACGGCGAUAUGAACAGUGGGCACAGCAAUCAGAAUAUAGUGUCUGCCUCCCACUGCAGCCCGCCCCCUUCAUAUAACCCUGACCCCAGCCUCGUCAGUUUUCUCACCAGUCUGGGCUGUCAGAACUUCAUUGAGUACUUCACUUCACAGGGUCUCCAGUCUGUUUAUCAUCUCCAAACUCUGUCCAUGGAGGACUUAGCUGCACUGAAGAUACCGGAACAAUCCCGUCUAGUCAUCUGGCGAGGGCUGCAGGACAUGAAGCAAGGUGUUUCCGUCCAGCUUCCUACUUCUGCUCAUCACCAUGACUACCACGGCCAGCAGUUGCUUCGCUCCAGCAGCAACAUGGCGGCCUCUGCAAUGGCAGCCAUUGGGGCCGGCAGCGGGGAGCUGCAACGUCAGCGCGUCAUGGAAGCUGUGCACUUUCGAGUCCGCCACACCAUAACCAUCCCCAACAGGGGCGGUGUGGGCACAGCAGGGAUGGCAGCGGCUGCUGAUGAGUGGGCUGACUUUGGCUUCGACAUGCCAGAUUGUAAAGUGUCCCGUAGCAAGCACUCCAUUAAGGAGGAAUUCAUGGACAGUGACGUUCACUGAGAGAGAAAAGCAGACAGUGAUUGGUUUACUUCUGUCAACAAUGUUCUCCUGGUGAAUCUCUCCUUCUUUUGUGAUUUUUUUUUUUUUUUAGAAAAUCGACUGAUAUUUCACAUGUGUGUGACAUUUCAAGUGAGAAAGUGCACUUUGGUACUGUUUGAAUUUCCUGCUUGUCUCACCUGCAGAAUAAAAGCACUAGAAACAAGACAAGCAUGUGCUACUUCAGGAUGAAAUACUGACAUGAGCUUUGUUUAUCUCACAAUAUUUGCUAGAGUAGAUCAGGACCAGAUCAGAACAAGGCUUUCUUUUUUAUUUAAUUAUUUUUUUAUUCUAAAGUGACAAUUCACAUGAUUGAAAUUAUUUCAAAAGUUUCUUUAAGACCCUAUGUUUUUGAAAAACACAAAAUGUUCUCAGUUGACUAACUUAUUUAUUUUCUCAUUUGUCCUUGACUUGUGCAUUUGUACUGUAUAUAUUGAAUCUUGUAAAAUCCCUGCAACAAAAGUGUCUAAAAACUAGUUUUUAGAAUUUAAAUAAUAAAACUGAUGUUUUAACCAAAUGUCUAGAACUGAAUAGUUAAGUCAGACUGAUAAAUACAAGAACACUGUCCUGUAUUAAAAGUUGCAAUGAGUUGAGGACCACUAGUUCUGUAUAUUUUUCUCCAUUUGCCUGAUGUUUUGUGGGUUUUUGGCAUUGAUGAUGUGUAUGUUAACUUGUUUUAUAAAUAACAUUGAUAUUGCUUAGUCUUUUCAAAAAGUUGUAGAAAAUAUAGUGUUAAUUCUUGUAUUGUGACAAAACAAACGAUUUCAGUGUUAUUGUGAAAGCAGGAAUUCAGUGGUUUUAUAAAUAACAAAUGAAAAUUGCUCCCUCCCAAAAAAAAAAAAAAUGUUUUCUUUCUCUGAACGCUUUUCAAAAAACUUUGCAGUGAAGACACUUCAUUUAAAGCUACUGUAUCACAUACUUGUUUGUGGAUUUUCACAACAUUCCAAUUUAUUGCUUAGAUUGCCAAAAAAGCAAAUGUUCUAGUGUUCUGUCAAAUUGGUUUGUUGAACUUGUUUUGUAGUUUGCAGUUUCACUCAUUUUUGGCCUACUUAUAAAUAGCCUGAAACUCAUUACAACUUUUUAAAUUAAUUUUAAAGGUAAUUUCCCAAAAACAUGGUACAAAACAUUUUACAUUUACCGGUAGGAGAAUAGGCACUUUAAAUGCUUUAACGGUGAAAUUAAUAGGAUUGUCAGUAUUAUGCAUUUCUAAAAUGUAAAUAUUGUUUUUUUUAGUGAAUAAUGUAAGUUCUUUCCCUUUUUUUUUAAUCAUCCAUUUUGUAAAAUGAUGUAAAAUGGAUCUAUGUAUUGUUGUGCAUCACUGCUAUACGUUCAUGUGUUGAGUCCAGUGUUUUAGCUCUUUAACCUUAGAUUUCUUCAAGAUUUCUUUUCCUAAUUCUGUUUCUUUUCAUCAAAACAAUAAAGGUGUUUUAACUCAUGAGGUAGAUUCUAUUUAAACUGAAACGAUUUUCCAGGUAAACCUUGCCUAAUUAUUGCUGUAAAUAUUUCAUUUAGCGAAUUUAAAACAUAGAAAAGUAAGUUGUCUUUUGUAGAUAAUAGUGACAACAAUUUGGAGUAUUUUUAUUGCACAAAAUGUUCACCUUUACUUGAUAAUAUUUUAUUUUUUACAUAAAAAUGUUAUCGUACUCAUCUAUACAGGCUAAAUGAAUUUGUGUAAGAAAAAUGCAAAAAAAAAAAAAAAAAA